CCAAGUCGGGUAUAAAAUUUGAAUGGGUGCUGUCUGGCGUCAGAAUUUACAAGGACGAGAAAAUGCCAUCUGGUCCUGUUAGAUUCCAUUGUGAGAAUAGUAGUGGAUGUACUUCUAAGCAUCAAUUCUGUUUUCCAAUGAAAAAUUUAGUUACGAGAAGAGUACGGUAAAAUCUACACAUUAGAGUACGAGGUGUAAAGAGAAAGAGAUAUAAAUAAAUCCACAAAAACAGGUUAAAAUUUUAUGAAACGUUAAAAAUUCUUGCAAAUGAUACUAUUAAAUAUUAGCAGAUGUUAUGUUUAUUCUUCUGCAGUGUUGCAUGAUAAAAAUAAUUAUUUUGUCUAUGAAACUAGUUGCUACCAUUUGACAAAUUAGAAAAUGACAAGCAGCUGGAAACUUGCCACAUCCAAGAUUCGUCUCUGCACUUUAUGAUCAUAUUUAAUGUGACUAGAGAAAAAACUGAUGCCGCAAUGAGCACAAAACUAAGCAAAUUAUCACUGUAACGAAAAUGUUCGAAAGAAAAGAAUCUUAGUAAUAUAAAUAUUUUAUUAUUUUUGAGAAUUUUUAUUUAAAAAAACCAUCUCAAACUGGAGGCCUUACUAAAGCACAUGCGCGAAGCCGCAUCCAGAAGGAGCGAAUUGGAGAGGGAACAUGCGGAAGCAUUGGCUGAAUUGCGGAGGAAACAGGAAGAUGUCAAGUACAUGCCCAUAUCCAACGAUGCCGAGAAAAAAAAAGCACAGGAAGCAGUUCAAGCGCUUGAGUCCAAGGUAAGAGAAUUACAAAAGAAAUGUGAAUUGCAAAACGUACGUCACGAAGAACUAGCCUUAGAGAUGGCCACUUUAAGAAAAGCACAAGCAAAACAAGGAUGGAGAUCUCAACGAUCCCAGUCUGCAGAUCUAACCCGAGAAAUAAAUUAUUCGAGUCCAACAGCAGACAAAUUCCUUUCCUCAGGAGAAACAUGGAAUAGUUCCCUUUCAUCUUCGACCUUAGGACUCUCUACAACAUCUUCGUCCCUUCCUUCUCUCGACUUAAAUUUUCCGAGAAGUUUAGGAUCGUCUUCAAUUCAUUCAACAUCAUCAUUAAGGUCAACAGGUUCACUGUCAUCAUCUACAGAUUUUACAAGUAGCAGAACUAAUUUUAUGUCGACGAAUCCGUUAGGAUCUUCAAAGACAACUGGUUCUACUAGCAGUUUGUCACUUCAUUCAUCUUCGCUGUUAGAUACGACGUCGCAUGAAAUUGAUCGUAUAUUAGCUAGAAUUGAUCAAGAUAAUCGAAUAUUAGCAGAAUUAGAAAAAUCUAGAGCAACCGUGGGUUCUCCCGUAUCAUCGGCUAAUAUCGAACGACUUCGAGCUCAUAUCGAAGAAGAUAACAAGCAGUUGGAAGACCUGACUCAGCCUCUGUUUCCUUUAAAGCCAUCAUAUUCAUCACCAGCUAUUGACCAAUUAUUGCAUGAGCCCCAUCGAAUGAAACAAAUGUAUUAUCAGCUGUCUAGACACAGAUCUCCGAUGAAACAAUCGGUUACGGUGCAGCAUUUGAAUCAGUUAAUGGAAAAGUUAGAACAGGAUAAUAAGAUUUUAGCCGAACUAGACCGUAAGAGAGCUAAUAUUGGAAUCAGUCCAGGAUCAGUUUUUACUCCAAUGACUAGCCAGGUAACGGUACCGACCAUAAAUGCUCCUGGAAGUAAUCUUUUGUCAAUGACGCCGUCCAGCAGUACGUGCAGCACACCACUUCCUACAAACACUUCGUUAUUGCCGAAUGUACCCACUUUUGGGGGAACUACAAUGCCCACUAUGUUUAACGCUCAAAUAGCCAAUACUUUACCAUACAAUGUGCCAUCGAUAAUACAACCUACAAUAACUCAAACAUUUAACAGAGACGAAAAUGCUAUUACUACAGAAGACAUCUUGAGAGCGGUCGACUAUAUAGAUUUGCCUGGAAGAGGUCGAUGCAAGAUUUAUAUAGCGCGUUAUAGUUAUGAUCCACUGAAACAGUCUCCUAAUGACAACCCCGAAGCAGAAUUAUCAUUGAAUGCUGGAGAUUAUUUAAUCAUUACUGGAGAAAUGGAUGAGGAUGGCUUCUUCGGCGGGGAGUUAUUGGAUGGCAGGAAAGGUUUAGUUCCCUCCAAUUUUGUGGAAAAAUUGACAGGUGAAGAUCUGUUCGAUUUUCAAGCAACCGUCAUUUAUGGUAAUAGAGAUUCUGAUGAUAGCAGCGCAAGUUAUACUUUCGCACCUGAUCUGGACUUAUCAGGGAGUGACGAUUUUCAUGUGUUACCGCCAGAAGAUUUCCAUCGGAUGAAUGAUUACAUAGAUCUUGAAGAUAUACAAGAAGUUGAUGAGGAAAAUUUAUCUGAUUUUGAAAGAGAAGGAGAAGGACUAGUUCCUCCACCUCCUCAACGACUCAUAUUAGAAAGACAAUUAAAUAAAAGUAUUUUAAUUGGCUGGCUUCCUCCAGAAACUAAUGUAAGCACAAUAGAUACAUAUCAUGUUUAUGUGGAUGGAGUUUUAAAAGCUAGCGUCAAAGCCACAGAAAGAACGAGGGCAUUAGUUGAAGGUGUAGAUUCAUUACAGCCACAUAGAAUAAGUGUCCGAUCAGUUGCGCCAACAGGCCAUCAUUCUCCAGAUGCGGCAUGCACAAUUGUUGUUGGAAAAGAUGUUCCAUUGGCUCCCAGCUGUGUUAAAGCUUCCAAUAUUACUUCAACUUCUGCAAUUAUUAGUUGGUUACCUAGCAACAGUAAUUUCCAGCACGUUGUGGCCGUUAAUAGUGUAGAACUAAGAUCUGUGAAACCUGGAACUUUCAGACAUACAAUAUCAGGUCUUGCACCAAAUACUACAUAUCGUGUCUCCGUAAGAGCAAAGCCAGGUAGACUUCUUUAUAAUGAUGAAAAAAAUCCAAGGAAAUUAGAAAUGCUGACAACAUAUGUAGAUUUUAAAACUCUUCCUAAAGGACUUCCUGAUCCCCCAUUAAAUAUUCAAAUAGAAGCUGGACCUCAGGAUGGAACAUUGUUAGUAACUUGGCUUCCUGUUAUUGUUAAUACAAGUGCCACAAAUGCAGCUCCAGUUACUGGGUAUGCAGUUUUUGCAGGUGGGAAAAAAAUAGCAGAAAUAGACAGCCCAUCAGGUGAUCAUGCAUUAUUAGAUAUGACAAUUUUACAGCCUUUUGACCGUAAAAGUGUUACUGUACGCACAAAAUCAGGGGAAAACAUGUCUUCUGAUUCCAUGCCUUGUGUUAUACCAAUAGAUUUACUUAGAGCACAUGCAAAGAGCAUGGUAUUCGCUAACAAGAAUGAGGAACGAAGCAAACGUGAGAGGCGAGGCUCUAGUUCCGAUUCUGAAUCGGACACAGAGCUAGCUGAACUUCUGAACCAUGUGACACGCAGGGCUCAAGCUUUUGAUCCCGUUGACUUAUCUCCAUUUGGGUCACAGAAGGGCUUAACAGAAGAUCAUGCAGAGGAUGGUAGUAGGUCAGAGCUGCCCGAUAUAGUGGAGGAGAUAGAAGAUGAAGCGGGAGAAAGGUUGGAGGAACGAGAGAAAUCACUUUCUAUUAAUGAAAAUGGCUUGGAUCAGGACAGAGAAAUGUCACAUGACAGAACAGAUACCAGAAUGAUACGCCAAUCACCCAGAAUUAUUGAUGUCAGAAAUAGAGACAGACUGCAAGAAAGAGCUUCACCACCAAGAAGUCAGAGGGAACAUAUGUAUAGGAUGGAAGAUACUUUACUCUCUGCCAAUGAGAAACGAAGAUUCAAUCGAUUAUUAAAUGAAAGGAGAAAUUCUUCAGGCCAAGUCAUUAUUGAACCUGAAGAUAAUUUAAGUGAUAAGGAAAUAUAUCCACCUACUCAUAUGACAAUUCCAUCUAUAGAAAUAACUAAAGAUACAACAAGUGAAGGCUGCAACUCUUUGGAAAAUUUUUCAGAAGAAGAAUACGAUUCACUUGCCAGACAUGACCGUCGUAUGGGUUCUACUCAUUAUUCAAGAACACACAAAUCGAAAAUGCAUGGCCAUUACUAUUCUGAUAUGACUACAAGGAGGCAUAUGCCACCAGAACACGAACAUGGCUACUACAAUCCAAGAAGUGCUUCACAUCGACGAAGUGAUGAUUAUCGUGGUAAUGAUUAUCGUGAAGGCAUGGGUUAUCAUGGUCGACAUCCAGAAUAUAGUACAAGAUCUUAUCCUCCAGAUAACAGAGCUAGAUGGUUUGUUGCAUUGUUUGAUUAUGAUCCCAUGACUAUGUCUCCAAAUCCAGAUGCUGCUGAAGAGGAACUUCCAUUUCAAGAAGGGCAACUCAUUAAGAUUUAUGGUGAUAAAGAUGCUGAUGGAUUUUACAGAGGGGAAGCUAAUGGACAAAUAGGUUAUGUGCCAUGCAAUAUGGUUUCAGAAGUUCAAGUUGAAGAAGAAGAUAUGUCACACCAAUUAAUAAAUGAAAAUGUAUCUUCCAGGUCCCAUCAUACACAUCAUUCAAUAGCUGCACAAGGUAACCGUGGUACCGAACAGUGGGGAAACAGCAUGCCAGUACGGAGGAUGGUGGCUUUAUAUGACUAUGACCCACAGGAACUGUCGCCAAAUGUUGAUGCAGAGAUGGAAUUAGCCUUCAGCACAGGUGACAUCAUCUACGUUUAUGGUGAGAUGGAUGAAGAUGGGUUCUUCAUGGGCGAACUGAAUGGUGUUCGGGGACUUGUACCCUCUAAUUUCCUGACAGAAGCACCCCCUGACUACCGUGACACUCGAACACGAGAGAAGCUGGGUCCCCCUGGUGUGGGGAAUAGUCACGAGAGGAGAUACAAUAUGCGAGGACCCCCAAUAGCACCAUCUACUCCACAUCAGCCCCGUCCAAAGACCCUUCAGACAAAGGACGCUUUGGUCCCGAACGUCCAAGAUAUGAGAGAGACAACUUUGAAAGGACCCACCAACUUCCUGACAGGGCUAUUCACACCUCAGAAAGAAGUUACUAUGACACAGGAAGAACUGUACAACGCUGGUAAACAAAGACCAACAACUCUUGACCUAAAAGGAAAAUUAUGGGCAUAUCAACCAUUUGGUGGAUCUGAAAACAAAGUUCCCCCAAAUCAAGUAGGUGAUUCGCAAUUGCAACAGGAAGAGAAGAAGGGAAUUUUAUCUUCGGUCAAGGACAUGUUCAAGCCUUUGUGGAGAAACUGAGAAAAUUCUAUACUAUAAAAAUUUGCAAAAUAAUAGCUUUUUUAAAUACUGCAUGAAUGAUAAAGAAUAAUUUAUAAUGAAUGAAUAUAGCUAAUAAGAAUAUCAUGGAAAUAGCUUCCAAGAUCAGAGCUUCCUUCUAAAUCCUCCAUGUGUUAUUUAUUAUGAAGUACAAAUGUUGCAUCUUGAAUAUUUCGUAAUUUGCACAAAAAAGUUCAAAUGUCAUUCAAGUUGCAACAUUUUGCUUUCAAAAAUUUUAUAUCAUCAUUUAGACAAAUGUCUCUUAUUCAAUUUCCAGAUAUUUGUAUUAUAUCAUUAAGGGAUAGGUCAUUAAAGUGCAGUAGCAAAAGAAUCCAGAUAUGGAAUAUUUUGUGCCUUUUAACUUAUACAGCUUGGUGAUAAUCAGUAUUAUGUUUUGUCAAAUGAAUUUAGUUUUAAAUAGAAAAGUGAGAAGGAUAUAAACACAUAAAUGACAAUUUUCUGUCAUAUGUCAUUAUCAAUUUAAGAUAAGCCAUCUGCAGUUUUAUUAACUGGUAAUGUGUUCCUUGCAUGAUAAAAUUUGCCAAGAGAUCAUACUUACAAAGAAACAAACAAACAAUUAGUCUCAGUGGAAUCUUAAACUUUUCUCUUAUUAUAUGUGAUUCAAAAUUGUCCAAAAUACAUUUCAUUAAUUGAUAUCUGUUUAUAACUGGUAGGUAAAAUCAAUGAAAAUGAAAAAGCCAAUAUAGUAUUAAACAGCCAGGUGAUUAUCUUUUUCAAAGAGAUAAUGUUCUCUUUGCACAUAUCUCCUUUGUGGUACUGUGGUAUUUUGUGUGGGUAUUUUCAUGUGCCACACUGAGCACGAAUGUGUAAUUUGUUUAUACUUUUAUUGAUAGUAUCAAUCAUUGUAAAUAAAGUCAUUCUCAUUAGUGUAAAUUGCUGUGUGUUAUAUUGGAAAUGUACUUUUGUUUUAUUUGCUUAC